ACAAACUCUCAAGUAAAUAUACUAUUUUUGAUUUUACCCAUCUUUUGGUUUCUGUUCAAUAAUUCAUUGCUGAAGGGACUGAAAAGGAGGGUCUUAGAUUAUGAGAUCUAUGUAUGAUACACGUAUUGUUAUAAGGCUGGGGGAUGAUUUUUAAUAUCAAGAAAAUUAUGUGGGGUACACUGUAAUUGUGAUGUUAUCUUGUGCUUGUUUGUAUCUCUUCAGAGGGGUCUACCUCAACAGAGUUUGUCAUCCCAGGGAUAUGCUGCAAGGGCUCUCUUUCACUACAAUGCAACAACAGCAGAGGAACUGAGUGUUCAUAAAGGAGAGUCUGUUGAAGUUCUAGAUGACUGUCGUAAGUGGUGGAGAGUCAGGAACCAGAAGGGUAUGAUUGGCUUUGUUCCUGGAAACAUCAUGGAGGCUAAAAAAGGAAGCAGUCUCGAAAUGAGAAGCAGAAAGUCACUAGCUUCCCAGUCACCUGCUCCCAUUCCUGCACCAUCUACAACCUCUAGGCGUCCCUCUGUGUCUCAAACUGGUCAUCUUGGACGUAAGGCAUCCCAGCAAAGCCCACUCUCUCCACUUCUAGAAGAAACUGACUCUGCUACUGGUCGUAAUAAGCACCCGCCACUUCCUCCCCCUCCAUCCUUUUCACCGGCCUUACCUCAUCAGCAAAGUGUAGUCCCUGGUCCUCUGGCUCCACCCCAACCUCUUGCUACUGGUGGACCACCACCACCACCACCUCCUCCACCUAUCAUUCCUCAGAAACCUCCUAUGUCUCUCAAUGACAUUAUUGCACAGCACAAACUCAAAAGCAAACAGGAAGGUAAAACCCACAAAAUAUCAGUGCUGCAAAAAGGAAAAGAUGACAACCAAUUUGACAUAACAGAAGCUCUAAAAACACGCAAACCUCUGCGAAAAACCACAAAAGCCAAGCUAUUGGUUGACACGGGACUUGAGGGUAGUGAGAAAGGUGAAAACUUUCUUCUAAAGAACAGGCUUAAAGGAAGUAAACUGAGCAGCACUGCACGAGAAGAACCUGACAUGGAAUAUAGGGUAUUGCCUUGGAGAGCUGACAGGACAGCCAUUAAUCUAUGGCUAGUGCAGCAGGGAUAUGAAAACUGCACAGAAAAAUUUCCAGGCCAGGUGAAAGAGGGAAGUCAGCUGUAUGCAAUGGACAGGGAAGCCCUAAGAGAGAUGUUAGGCUCGUCAGAUGGAGUGAGGCUCUAUUCACAGCUUCAGAAAGACAAAUCCAAAUCAGAGAAAGAAGCAGGAAUAGUGAAAGAAACAGAGUUGCAGAAAAUGAUGCGGCUUCGCAAGGACCAUUUAGGAGCUCAAGAGAAAGAAGAUGUUCCUUUGAAACUGACAAAACCACAGAAGCUUGAGCUGGAAACCGUCCUCGAUAGUGCUCCUGGUCAUUCCAGAAGGGCUUCCAGUAAAAGUAAUACGGUGGCUAAGUACAGGAGCAAACAUAGUGGUCAUGAUGAUGACGCAAAUCCCAAUCCUGAAUACAGAUGCUCAAAAAGCUUUAAGAAAAGGCAAAAAUCUUCUAGUGGGGGCCACAGAGAGCAAAGUUAUUAUUCGGAUGAAGAGUCAAGUUCAAAGAAAAGACUCAAAGAAAGGUCAAAACGUAAAAGAUCGAGUAAGCAUUCGGAUCACAUGUCGGAUAGCAGUCCCUACAGCACCAGAGGGAGAGGAAGGAGGAGGCAACCAGCCACCAAUAUUGAUGACUUUGAUGAGAAUGAAUGGAGCGACAGCAUUAGUGAUUCUGAGGACUCCUACUCUAGCGAGUACUCGGAGAGUGACAGUGACAAACAUUUUAAGCUGCGAUCAAGUGCCUCUGCCUCAAAUAUACCUAAUGCAACUUGGGCCCUUCAAGGAAGUGAAGCUGUGGACGGUGUUGUAAGUGAAGUACGGAUCAAAAUGCAACAAGACGAGAUCAAAACAUUGCUUAGUCAUCUUAGAGAGCUGCAGAAACAAUCCGAUGUAAAGGUAUUACCACUGGCAAAACAGAGCAUUCUCCAGGGAGACCUGAGGAAUCUCGAAGAAUUACAAAGAAGACAGAAAAAACUUCCAGGAAAAGUCACUGUUCUUACCCAGCUGAUUGGCCAACAAAUGUUACUCAGUGAUCAUCUUAGAGAAGCCAUUGCUCUUGUGAAGGAGCAAAGUUUCAGACACCAGCAAGCUUUUGCUCAAAAGCAGACAACUGUUAUGCCACAACAAGUCAUUGGUUAUCAGCAUCCACUUGCCCAACACCAGUUGCUACUGGAGGCCGAGCAGCAAGUAUGAAUUUUUGUAAAACUGGAGCCGGUGCCCAUGCGCCCAGCAUCAACAACAGUUAUUACUGGCAGCAGCAGAGCAGCAGAAGCAGCUACAACUAGCUCAGCUGGCCUCCACACAGCAAAGGCUACUAGGAUUGCACUCUCCAACCUAUGCGAUGUAUGGGUCUCCAUACGCUGGAGUUACUUACUUUUGAAAUGUCUGUGAUAUACUAUUAUAUUGCUUUUGUACAUAAUUAUAAUACCAACUGGUAUGUGGUUGACUGUAUUUUAGAGUUUUAUACUCUUUACUCUUGAACUUUCAUUGUGAGCUUUUAAUAGUAUGCUGACAUCAUUAUCAUUGUCAUGUGGAUUCUGCACAUGAACACGGAAUAAAGGGUGUUUACAUUGGAUUAUGCCGUAAAUGUUAACAAUGUGGGAUAUUG